CACUCACUCUCCUAACCCCACACGCAUGCUUAAAAGGGACUCAGAGACAAGCACUGGCUUCCAAUCGUGGUUGGGUGAGCCAUUCGUCCAGGGUAGGAGAGAUAGAGCUGAGAUACUGCAAAUCUCUCGCCAAUAAGAGGAGACUGUACUGAGGAAGCAAGUUCAACUUUGAGAAAGAGGAGGCUGAACAAAACAAGACAGAUAUGCCACAGAACGUGGUUCUGGACGGGCCAGCCCCUUGGGGAUUUCGGCUUUCAGGAGGCAAAGAUUUUAACCAGCCGCUGACCAUAACUCGGGUGACACCAGGCAGCAAGGCAUCUCGGGUCAACCUGUGUCCAGGAGACAUCAUCCUGGCUAUCCAGGGAGCGUCCACUGAUGGUAUAACUCACGCUGAAGCUCAGAACAAGAUCAAAGACUCCACCAAUCAGCUUUUCCUCAAGAUAGAGAGGUCAGAAACAAAAAUGUGGUCACCUCAGGUUAUAGAAGAGGGGAAAGUGAACCCAUUCAAAAUCAAUUUGGAGGCAGAGAAGCAAGACAUUGAUUACUUCGAACACAAGUUUAAUGUCAGACCAAAGCCCUUCAUAUCUGCAAGCCAAAAGAGUAACACUACAUCCCAGACGCUGAAGGGAAAUGUAGCUCAGAUGCCUGGCACCCCGUCGGCUGGGUCCAAGGCAGCUCUUUCUGCACAGUAUAACUCCCCCAUUGCAUUAUACUCAGCAGACAAUGUCUCAAAUACACUGCAGCAGGCUCAGAUGUCCACUGUAGUCAGGCAGGCAUCGCCCAGCCCUAUACCCCUGACGUCCAUUGAAGACUCUCAUGUGUACCGUAUGCUCCAGGACAACCAAGAGCAGCCACAUGAACCACGUCAGUCUGGAUCGUUUAAGGCCCUGCAAGACUAUGUGGAGAGUGAUGGCACAAGGCCCAUAGUGACUAGAAGUGUAAAAGCCCCAGUGACAAAGCCUCAAGCUGCCACAUCCUCACUCCAGAAGCUGCCUCUCUGUGAUAAAUGUGGCACUGGCAUUGUUGGACCAGUGGUGAAAGCUCGGGACAAGUACCGCCAUCCAGCCUGUUUCGUGUGCUCAGACUGCGGCUUGAACUUGAAGCAGAAGGGCUACUUUUUUGUGGAGGGACAGAUGUACUGUGAAGCCCAUGCUCGAAUGCGAAUGACCCCACCUGAGGGACAUGAUCUAGUUACUGUAUAUCCUACUGCUUAGAGGGACUGACAGUUGAAAUUAGAUGACUGGUGUUGUUUGCGAUUAUUGCUUGUUGAUGUUCUGUUAUUCAUUUCUUAGUUUAUAAAAAGAAAUGCAAUGCCAAUUUAAAGCCAUAUACACAAGGUAUUAAGAUGUUUUUAGUGAUUGGAUCAUUACUACAUUACUGUUUACACCUGGUAUUAACAUGCAUUAGGCAUUGCUUCACUGUGGUUCGGGAAGCAUUCAGGAUGGACUGAAUUUAAAAGCAGUGUGUUCACAUGUGUUUCUGACUACCUUUGCAUGGUUCACUGAUACAAUUCCAAAACAUGCAAGACCCCACAAAGCAUUUUGAGCACUGACAACUGAUCUGAUCACAGUUAAUGCAAGGUGUAAAUGGGAUCUAUACUCUCAAAACUCUUUCUUAAGGCCUUAAUCUAGUUCUUGUUGAAAUGCUGUUAAUUGACUCUCCCAUUUCUCACAUAUUAGGCUUCUGUGCAGAGCAAAUACUGAAAUUAAACAAACUAUAAACUACCUUUAGGUUUCAGUUAUUCUAAAAUAUGAAAGAAAGAUAAUUUUGCUUUUAAUACAGGUUUAAAUAUGCCAUCAUCUAGGUACAAAGUAUUUGGUAAUCAGUUUCCCAGUACAAAUU